AGGGAAAAGUUUCUACCAUUAGAGGGAGAUCUCUGAGCGCGCACGGGAGCUCGGUACCCUUCUCUCCUCCUCCUCCUCCUAGCCCUCCUCCUCCUCCUCGCCCUCCUCCUCCUCCUCCUCACCCUCCUCCUCCUCGCCCUCCUCCUCCUCCCGAGCUCUCCGCCAGCAGCCGGCACUUUGCGCUUACCCAGAGAGUAGCUCCACUUGGGUGUGAGGUGCACAGGGGCAAAUUUGUUCACGGCGAUCCAUGAAAAUGCUUUGGAAACUGACGGAUAAUAUCAAAUACGAGGACUGCGAGGACCGUCACGACGGCACCAGCAACGGGACGGCACGGUUGCCCCAGCUGGGCACUGUAGGUCAAUCUCCCUACACCAGCGCCCCGCCGCUGUCCCACACCCCCAAUGCCGACUUCCAGCCCCCCUACUUUCCCCCGCCCUACCAGCCUAUCUACCCUCAGUCGCAAGAUCCUUACUCCCACGUCAACGACCCCUACAGCCUGAACCCCCUACAUGCCCAGCCGCAGCCGCAGCACCCGGGCUGGCCCGGCCAGAGGCAGAGCCAAGAGUCUGGGCUCCUGCACACGCACCGGGGGCUGCCCCACCAGCUGUCGGGCCUGGAUCCUCGCAGGGACUACAGGCGACACGAGGACCUUUUGCACGGCCCACACGGGCUCGGCUCCGGACUCGGAGACCUCCCCAUCCACUCCUUACCUCACGCCAUCGAAGACGUCCCGCAUGUAGAAGACCCGGGUAUUAACAUCCCAGAUCAAACUGUAAUUAAGAAAGGCCCCGUGUCCCUGUCCAAGUCCAACAGCAACGCCGUCUCCGCCAUCCCCAUCAACAAGGACAACCUCUUCGGCGGCGUGGUGAACCCCAACGAAGUCUUCUGUUCAGUUCCGGGUCGCCUCUCGCUCCUCAGCUCCACCUCGAAGUACAAGGUCACGGUGGCGGAAGUGCAGCGGCGCCUCUCGCCGCCCGAGUGUCUCAACGCGUCGCUGCUGGGCGGAGUGCUCCGGAGGGCGAAGUCUAAAAAUGGAGGAAGAUCUUUAAGAGAAAAACUGGACAAAAUAGGAUUAAAUCUGCCAGCAGGGAGGCGUAAAGCUGCCAACGUCACUCUGCUCACAUCACUAGUGGAGGGAGAAGCCGUCCACCUAGCCAGGGACUUUGGGUACGUGUGCGAAACUGAGUUUCCUGCCAAAGCAGUAGCAGAAUUUCUCAACCGACAGCAUUCCGAUCCCAACGAGCAAGUGACAAGAAAAAACAUGCUUCUGGCUACGAAACAGAUCUGCAAAGAGUUCACCGACCUGCUGGCUCAGGACCGAUCUCCGCUGGGGAACUCGCGGCCCAACCCCAUCCUGGAGCCGGGCAUCCAGAGCUGCCUGACCCACUUCAACCUCAUCUCGCACGGCUUCGGCAGCCCGGCCGUGUGCGCCGCGGUCACCGCCCUGCAGAACUAUCUCACCGAGGCCCUCAAGGCCAUGGACAAAAUGUACCUCAGCAGCAACCCCAACAGCCACACGGACAGCAGCGCCAAAAGCAGUGACAAAGAAGAGAAGCACCGAAAGUGAGGCUCUCCCGGCGCCCCGGCAGGUGCCCACCGCCGCCCUCCUCCGCACCCUCCUCCUCCUCCUCCUCCUCCUCCUCGCUGCCGCCGCCGCCGCCGAGCGCCCCCCGCGCCCCCGGGAGCGACUGCUCCCCCCACCGCCGACUCAGCGCCCUGCCUCAACUUCCCCAUCGGCACCAACAGCCCCCCGCGCCCUCAUGUGGAGCCUAAGAGAACAGAACAGGCCGUGAAGCCAGCAAAGAAAAGUUCUGUUGAGUUCAUGAACCUUCCCCCCCCACACACCCCCGUUUUUUUUAAAAAUCAAACCAACAACAGCAACGACAACAACAAAAAAACAAACAUUAAAACUUUCUUUUUUCUAAAAAAAGAUCUUAAAAAAUUAAAAAAAAAAAUCAUAUGAGCUUCAUGGGACUGAAUCAUCGCUCUCCCUCGCUACUUCAGUUCAGAUUGUAGCCAUACCUAAAAAAGUCAAAGAGGAUAAUGACAUUUUUUAUCAGUAUUGUGAAUAAACUUGAACAGAAACACACGAAGUUCCAUGUCCUGUCUUCAGUUGUAGGAGGUUUCCCUCUGCAAGGUAAAGCCACCCACUUGAACUUUCUCUGGCAACACGAUUCACAACUCUAUAAGGGAAUCAGUGUUCAUGUCUUUGUAUAUAUUUAUUUAUGUGUAAUUUAAUGGGAUUUGUAAAUAUGGUGAGUCUGUUUUAAGCAUUUUUUUUUAUUUAUCUGGUGAUCUCGUUUACCUCUUGUUUAGUGGGGUUUGAAUCUUCCCUAUUAGUUUUUCAUGUGUUUCUACUUAUUUAGACAUCCAAGGUCUGAGUGACCCCCACCCCCAAGACUCAUGAACUUACCCCGGCUGUAGCAUGUUAAAGACCACGAUGAAACAGCUGAAUAAAUUUUCUAAGAAGUAAAAUAAAAUUUUAUAUAUAUAAUUAGUAUAACAUUUAGCUUUUCAUUGAACUGAAAGGGAAAAAAAUGUGAUAUUGAA